UCCAGAAUCUUCAAGUUGCAGCAGCCAUGGCAACCAUGCCAAUCAUGUUUGCUGGAGCUACAUGUAUACUGGCCCUCACUUUAGUUCGUGGUCUUGAUGCAGCUUGCAGCUCGUCUACAGGCAAAAGAGAAUGUGAUGGAGACGGAACUGAGACUCUCUGUUGGACAGGCCUAGGCCCCGAGUGUUACUGUCCUAGAGGAACAUACAAGAGCCCGACGAACACCAAAUCACCCUGCACGCCCUGCCCUGAUGGGACGUUUGCACCCCACAUGAAUCGAUGCGAGGAAUGUUGUAACAUUACAACAUGUGAGUCCAAUGAAGAGGUUAUCACACCUGCCUCAGGAAAGUCAGACCAGGUUUGUGGCUGCCGGGCAUGGCCAAUCCCACGUGAAGUUUGUGAGCAGUCCAACUGCACCGACUUGAGUUGCCCAGCCGAUACAGAGGAGAAUAAAUCAGCUGAAGAGCCAGCUUGCCCAUUUCCUGAAAUACAACAUGAGUGUUACCCUGGUUAUCGAACCUUGAUUUAA